UUUUUACUGCAUGCAUGUUCGCAAUUGGGUGAGAACACAUCAUCCCCCAUAAUCAUGUCUUCUGUCCACAACAGCCCAUCUGGGGGGUCUUACGUUUGUGAUACUCUUCCUGCUCCGCGCCUCGCACCAGAAAGUACCAAACCUCUUCCCAUCCAUCUGAAUCAUCAUACGACCGAAGAGGAGCUGGACGAAGAACAGGUUUCAUCCAUGGUCCAAGAAAGGGGAGCAGAGCAGCACUUCAAGGAAAUGGCGUCAGUCUCGUUUCCACCCGCAGGAAGAAAGCUUUGCGUGCGUCAUCAACGGAUGGCCGACGAGGGGACAAACCUCAAACUACAACAGUCUUUGGACAGGUUACCCGUUGGCGAAAGGGAGUCUGUCAGCACUAUAUGGUCCAUCUUCUCCUCCUCAUCACAUCCUCGACGGGCUCUCAUCCUUCAAGGUCUCCUCACAAUGUGCUGUUUCUCCCAGUUAUCGCUCCUCACAGAACAACUGGCACACCUUAUUCGGAUCGACCCUUUCACUGUCUUUCCUCGUGAAGUUUCGCUGAAAGUUCUUGGUUACCUCGACGCUACAUCGCUAUGUCGAGCAUCCCAGGUCUCGAAGCGGUGGAAGAAGCUUGCAGAUGAUGAUAUUUUAUGGCGAGGUAUCUGCGAACAACAUAUUGGGACCAAAUGCCACAAAUGCGGUUGGGGAUUACCUGUACUCGAAAAUCAACGAAGAUACCUUCAUUCUGUGUCUCCCUGUCCAUCACCGGAUCUCUCGUCCAUGAAGCGAUCUUUGGAAGAUGUAUCCGGAACGUUUAUGCCUUCUUUGAAGCGUCAAAGGUCGGAACCCACGCCAAAAUCCCCUCAGGAACCUUGUGCCGAGUACUCUCCAUUCUCUGCAAACGAGUGCAAGGUUGCGUCCUCGAGCUCGAUUCUAACAGCAGAAGUUCCGCCGAAACGUGAUGGUACACGACCUUGGAAGGAUGUUUACAGCGAAAGGAUGACGAUAGAACGGAACUGGAGGCGCGGAAGAUGUAAAGUGCGGACCUUGAAAGGACACAAGGAUGGCGUGAUGUGUCUACAGUAUAGCGAAACAUUAAGCCAUCCUGCCUUUCCCGUCCUCAUCACAGGCUCUUAUGACUCUACAGCAAAGGUCUGGAAUCUGGAGACUGGCGUAGUGUUACAUACGCUUGAAGGUCACACCGCGCCGAUCCGGGCGUUGCAGUUUGAUAAUUGCAAGUUGAUCACCGGAAGCAUGGACACAACGUUAAAAGUUUGGGAUUGGAGAAGAGGUAAAUGCAUUCGAACUUUGACGGGACAUACUCAGGGCGUCGUCUGUCUCAACUUUGACUCGAACGUAUUGGCAAGUGGAAGCGUCGAUGCCUCUAUAAAAGUGUGGAAUCUACGCACAGGGCACGCUUUCACACUUCGUGGACAUCGCGAUUGGGUCAAUUCUGUGCAAUUGUGGGAUUCCAAUUCCGGGACAUCCUGUGUUACUUCUUCUGCAUCAGCGUGCGACGCCCCGGGUAGCCCUCAGAUGGACCCAGGGAAAAUGCUUUUCUCCGCCUCCGACGACGGCUCAAUCAAGCUGUGGGACUUGACGUUACGAACUUGUGUUCGACACUUUGUUGGUCAUGUCGCACAAGUUCAAAGCAUGAAGCUGCUUCUCGCUGAUGAGUGUGGUAGCUCCUCGGAAUCUGCUCAAGAUCCUGAUUCUGAUUCCGAACUACUCGAUGUCGAUAUGUCCUCCUCUUCGUCUUCCCCGUCGACUCCUCCGCCCUUUGGAGAGCAACAAUCAGAUGUUGUGCCCGCGUUUUUGAAGAAACUAAAAGCAAAGACGCCGGUGCUCAUCUCUGGUAGCUUGGAUAACACUAUCAAGGUGUGGGACAUCGAAACUGGGAAGACUGUCAAGACGUUCUUUGGUCAUAUUGAGGGUGUUUGGGGAGUUGCUGCGGACAAGAUGCGGUUGGUCAGUGCCAGCCACGACCGCACAAUCAAGGUUUGGAACCGUGAAGACGGACGAUGUAUAUCGACAUUGGUCGGUCACGCAGGCUCCGUGAGCUGCAUUGCUCUAGGAGAAGACAAACUAAUCUCUGGAAGCGAUGACCAUACCAUCAAAGUCUGGAGCUUCGCUUGACCUUCCUCGGACUCGCCACUCCUUCUUAGUUCUUGUACACUACAGUUCUAGGAUAUUUGUUUUUCUUAUUAUUGCUAAAUAAGUCUGUCCAUAAUUCUCGCAUUUGCAUCUCUGUACACUUUUGUACUGUUGUACAUACGCGCACUCUGUAAAAAAGGCAAUGUUAUUUUGGUGGCGGCGAGGUUCGAACUCGCGC